AAAAAGUUAGGUUAUAAGUUUAUUUUUAAAAGUUCCAGAAUUUUAUUUAUAAGAAUUAUUAAAUAAUGUCCAACAAUUUAAGAAAAGAAGUACUUAGAUGUUUCAAGACAAUCCACAAGACCCGACAGAACGUAUUUAAAGGAGAUGACAGGGCACUCAGCGAAGGCAGGAAGAAAAUCAAUGAGGAAUUUGAUAAAUACAAACACAUUCAAGACGAGGAAGCAAUAAAAGAAUUAUUAAAUCAAUGUAAAGCAGUUGAGCUUGAAUUGAGGACCUGUGUAAUACAAGCAAAGGAGGUAGCUCCAAAUUUAUACCAAGCUGAAAUCACACAGGAUACACUGAAGCUGGAUAACAUACCUUUCAAUGCUACGGCAUGCUGUAGUAGUAGUGAUAGUGCAAAGAGAGAUAAAAGGAAAAAUAAAGGUGGUUGUGGUUCAUAAUUUAUACUUAAAUUAUUAUUGAUAGAGUUAGUGUAUACUAUGAUUGUGAUAUAUUUAUAGAUGUAGCGAAUAAAAGUGUAUAAAGAU